GCGUGGCGGCUAGAGUGUCCCUCCGCAACUCGAAUGCCCGGCGGCUGUGGCGGCUAGAGCGUCGCCUCCUUCUGGGGAGCCGCGUGUGACCUUCCAGCCGCGCACCGAUGCUGCCGGCGGCUGCUCGCCCCCUGUGGGGGCCGUGUCUCGGGCUUCGGGGCGCCGCGCUCCGCCUCGCCAGGCAACAGGUGCCAGGUGUCUGUGCGGUGCGACAGAUGAGGAGCAGCGGCCAUCGGAGGGGUGAGGCCCUGGCGGGUGCACCACUGGAUAACGCCCCCAAAGAGUAUCCCCCCAAAAUCCAGCAGUUGGUCCAGGACAUCGCCAGCCUCACGCUCCUGGAGAUCUCGGACCUCAACGAACUCCUGAAGAAAACGUUGAAGAUUCAGGAUGUGGGACUCAUGCCGAUGGGUGGUGUGGUGCCUGGUGCUGUCCCCGCCGCAGCAGCCCCUGAGGCGGCAGAAGAAGAUGUCCCCACGCAAAAAGAACGAACACAUUUCACUGUCCGCCUGACAGAGGCCAAGCCCGUAGACAAAGUGAAGCUGAUCAAGGAGAUCAAGAACCACAUCCAGGGCAUAAACCUCGUCCAGGCGAAGAAGCUGGUGGAGUCGCUGCCCCAGGAAAUCAAAGCCAACGUCGCCAAAGCUGAGGCCGAGAAGAUCAAGGCGGCCCUGGAAGCCGUGGGUGGCACCGUGGUUCUGGAGUAGCCUCCAGCUUGAGGACUUGUAUUCAGGGUCCCUGGGACCCGGGCAGGGCCCCGCCCACCCAUGUCACCCGCUCCACCCCCGGCACAAGGGAGUAGGGGAGUGAGAGCUGCUGGCACUGCGUGGCCAGGUCAGCCUGAGCGUGGCAGACGGACCUACAGGAGCAGGGACAGCUGCUGGCUGUGUGGGGCACCAGGAGAAGGGAGCGAGGACGCACGAGGAACAGCCUCUGGUGGCCGCUGAGAAAAAUACAGUGUGCAGCUUACUG